UUCGUCCUCGUCCUGGGUUGGGAAGAUAUCGACACAAGUCUUUACUCAUCGCCUCUGCUGCAGGUCUUGUGCUUCUGCCAUGUUUUGAAGGACCAACACUGUGGUUGCUGCCUUGGAAUUGAUUGCUGCGAUUAUUGGCGCUCCGCAGGGUAGUAGAGAUGGCCAGAUUGUGGACAUCUUCGCUGCCUACCACGUCUUGUCUUUUGGCCAUCGCUUCUUCCUCGCAAUGCCGUCUUGCCUCAGCUCAUCUGCCUCGUCCCUCUCCACUUUCGUGCCCGUCGCCUCAUUCUCCCCUUACGUUUCGCUCUUUCAGCUUCCUCCCGCUGCGUUUUCGUAUUGCUCCGAUGUUGAGACAGGAGCAGCGCAACAUUACAUUUGGUAAUGUCAAAGCUGUGGGGAGGUCGAGUGAUGCUGGAAGCACCAAAUUUAAGGAGCGUGAGAUUUUAGUGCAGCAUUUGUUAGUACCGGAGGACCAGCUUCAGUUGCUGCUGGACAUUCAGCGCCAAGUUAUGCAAGAUGGAGUGGAUUUAAGCGAUUUGGCAGCGGAGCACUCCAUUUGCGCUUCUAAGGAUGUCGGAGGAAUGCUGGGGUGGAUAUCUCUUGGUCGAACUGUGCCGGAAUUUGAGGAGGCAGCUUUCAAAGCUCCAUUGAAUAAGUUGGUUCGCGUCAAAACAAAACACGGCUGGCAUCUCCUGCAAGUGCUGUCAGAACGGGAAGCUAGCUUCUUGCGUGAUAUAGACGUUCAAGAGUUGAGUACGAACAUGGAGGAUCCUGAAUUUUUGCAAAACGCUCAACUUCUAGACGUGCGAGAGCCUGACGAAAUAGCAACGGCAUCUAUAGAGGGGUUCAAAUCGUAUCCUCUAAGUCAAUUUGGAAAAUGGGCACCAACAGUUGCAGAGGAUCUUGAUCCAUCUAAGGAUACUUUCGUGCUGUGUCAUCACGGCAUGCGAUCUUUACAGGCUGCCAAUUGGCUGAAAUCUCAGGGUUUUACAAGGUUGUACAAUAUCAGUGGGGGAAUUCAUGCUUAUUCUGUCAAAGUGGAUAAUCGGAUUCCCACGUAUUGACACACUUCUAGUGUACUAUCACUGUUGGAAAAUGAGGUCAGGACCUUUUGCCUCUUUACUUGUUCUUCAAUUUAGGACUCAUUUGCAACAGGUUUCUGGAAACUGUUGCUAAAUCAUAAAUAUCAUGGCAAAUGAGUUCAAGCUAUUUAGGUGCUAAUGUAGUUAGGGAAACUUUGGCCGCUUGGAACUCUUCUGGAUAGGCGUUUGUAAAUGAAAGGUUUGCUUUUGAGUUGGAGAUUCACAAAGUAGUUUUUAGUGGGCUGAAAACUUCAUCUUUUUCUUGCUUGUCAUGUUUCACUUAUACGAUUGGCUAAUUGUAUGAAGAACAUACGCAAUCCUUCUGAACUAACUUACCAUGCUACUGGAUAAUAAGUAGCACAUGAUUCCUAUUGUAGUGAUAUUUCAUCAGCGUUACUGUGCAAAUGUGUAGUACUGACAUUGAGCAAUAAGUUGACGUACGUUGAACUGUUAGUCUAUAUGGACAGCUUUAAUGCAAUCAGAAAUUUGAGCCAUGUUACCAAGCA